GUCUUGCCGCUCGCGGCGGCGCACGGCUUCCGGUUUCACCACGCGGUCGGCGAGAGCGCGAUGCUUCUGGCGUGGCUGCCGGAGGACGAGCCUUGUCCGGUGCCCGACUUUGCCACGCACGUGGUUGGCGUCGGCGGCAUGUGCAUCAACGAGCGGCACGAGGGGGUGCUGGUCGUGCAGGAGCGGCGAGCGGCGACGACGACUUCCCAGGGCAGCUGGAAGUUGCCUGGAGGGCUCGUGGAUCUGGCCGAGGAGCUGGACGCCCUCUCACCCCUGGCACCACCUCGAAAGGUGCUCGAGGAGACGGGCGUGCGGUCCCGCUUCAAGUCGCUGCUCGCGCUCCGCCACCAGCACGGCGCCGCCUUCGGGAGGGACGACGCGUACUGCGUCUGCCUCCUCUCCCCGCUCUCCGCCGAGAUCCGCGCCUGCGAACGCGAGAUCGCCGCUGCCGCCUGGCUGCCGCUGCCCGAGUACUACGAG